AUGAAGGCGUUGAUGAGGGCCAUCCCCGGCGCAGGGGUCACGGGGUCACGUGACGAGCCAGAGAAACGGAAUUCACCGGUCGCGGGGCUCGGAACUUGGGCUCGUCAUUUCACCUCCUCUGCCGACGUGCCGACGUGCCCACGACGCCCCCAACGCCCCAUAACAAAACGGUCUGGCCACGAGCUGCCCUACUCUACGCAACAGCUAGGACAGAUGGGCUCGCAUCCUAGGCCGGGUCCGAGCCCUGCGCCGGCUGUUCGAAGAUGGGACCAACCUUCGCCCACGCGACGGAAACGGACUCGGGACAGGCCACUCAACAUUGCGUGAGCCGUCGAUUCGAUGCAGUACACCAUCACUCACCCAUGCCGGACAUCUCGACUGACAGCUCUUUCCGCUGGGCCACAGUAUGAUCUGCGACUACUUCUUCCCCAAGGUCGGCGGAGUCGAAUCGCAUAUUUACAGGUCAGUCACUGCCACGUGUAUGGCGCGUACCUGCGAAUGAGCUCUGCACAAGCACCGUCAUUGACGUGGUCUAUCAAUCUUUGACUCCUGAAACUACUCAAACACAGUCUCGCUGAGGCUCUUGCCCAAUUGGAUCACAAGGUAUCUAUCUGCCGUGUCCCCUUUCACCUCGCUGUGCCGGACCGGGUGCUUGUGUGGGGGGGCCCAAGCGGCGCACGGAUCGGGAUGCUGUAUUCACCUCUGCGGCCAUCUCAUUGUGCAGGUCAUCAUCAUCACACAUGCGUACCCGCCGCGUUCGGGUAUCCGCUACCUCCCCUAUGGACUCAAAGUGUACCACAUCCCCGUGCAACCUUUGCCGCCGACCCACGUUCACGCGACCUUACCGGGCUUCUUCACCGCCCUUCCCUACAUCCGCAACAUCCUCAUACGCGAACAGAUCGAUGUGCUCCAUGCACACGCGAGUUUGAGCGCCGAGGGGAUGGAGGGCAUCUUCCACGCCCGCACACUCGGAGUUAAAGCCGUUUUCACCGACCAUUCGCUCUUUGGAUUGGGCAACAUGGCCGAGAUUUGGGGCAACAAGAUGCUGAAGGGGUGUCUGAGCGAUGUCGAAGCCGUUAUUUGCGUCUCACACACGGGGUGAGUCCACUUCCGUCCUCGAUUUAUUCUGCCAUACGACAUGACUUCGUGAAAGGUUUCACCGAACGCUGAUGGCCCGGGUUGACUGGUUGGGGUCCGCCUUGGCGUCUACAGCAAGGAGAACACCGUACUUCGAGGCGCACUGAAUCCAUCGAUCGUUCAUGUCAUACCCAAUGCCGUGGUGGCCUCCCACUUCAAACCUGCCGAACCACCGGCGCCCGUGCCAGAAACCUGUAGGUCAAGUCCCAAUGCUUUGCGUCCGAGCUCACCUCACUGACACGAGUUGAGCCGUUCAAACAGUGACGAUCGUCUGCCUCAAUCGAUUGGUGUACCGGAAAGGAAUUGAUCUGCUCAUCGCAGCUUUGCCGAGAGUAUGCUCCAUGCAUCCCGACGUGAGGGUGCUUAUCGGUGAGUCUGUCGGCCACCUCAUAGCCUCCGCCUUCUGCCAGAAUUGACCCCCCGUGUGUCGACGCAUCAUUCAAAUUCCUGGAUAUAGGUGGAGACGGGCCAAAGAUUGUCGAAUUGGACCAGAUGCUCGACAAACACCAAGCGCUCUUGAGGGAUCGGGUCGAACUGCUAGGAGCCGUUCGAAACGGCAAGGAUGUCCGGGAUGUGAGUUGACUCCUGCUGACGCAUGCGACACACACGCCGAGCUGAAGUGAUUCCUCAUCCCUUAUCUCAGUUAUUGAGCCGAGCUCAAAUUUUUCUCAACCCGUCCUUGACGGAAGCUUUCGGAAUCGGCAUUCUCGAGGCCGCGUGCGCGGGGCUCUUCGUCGUCUCAACACGCGUCGGAGGUGUGCCAGAAGUUUUGCCACCAGGUCUUGUUGAAUUUUCCGAACCCGAUGUCGAAGGUAAGUCACCAUACCUCCGGUACGAAUGACAUGCGAGAAGAUCGCUUCGCUCACGCCAUCGAACUUUCACAGAUCUCAUUCGGGCCAUCUCGAGGGCGAUCCAUCACGUGCGAAGCGGGAAGCAUGAUCCUCUUGCAGCGCACGCUCAGCUCAGAGAAAUAUACUCAUGGCCUGACGUGGCCGAGCGGACCGAGAAAGUCUACUACGAUGCCUUGGAGGUACCUGAGGUGCCCGUGGUGGAACGCCUACGAAGGUCAGUCAAAUGACUACCAACCUGUACGAUAAGGCGGUCAUGCUGACCGAAAUCGAGGACCUCCUUUCAGAUAUUACGGUACUGGGUUAAUCUUUGGCAAGAUGCUAUGCAUCAUCAUCUGCGUCGACUACAUUCUUCUCGCCUUCCUCGACUUCUUCUUCCCUCGCGAGGAUAUCGACUUGGUACCCAAGUUCGAGUUGUCGAGAUGGCAAGAUGUGAGUCGACCGAUGGAAUGUUCAACAUGA